AUGGCCUACGGUAUCAGUUUCAAAACGACAGAAUUGAAAAUUGGAAAAGAUUUUGAUGAGGUCCUGGAUAUCGAAGUAUGGGGAUGUGCCGGUCAGGGAACACUUGCCGAGCAGCAAAAAUUGAAAAAUUGGCAGAAACAGCAGCUUCAAACGAGCUUCAAACGAGCUUCAAACGAGCUUCAAACGAGCUUCAAACGAGCUUCAAACGAGCUUCAAACGAGCUUCGAACGAAAUUCAAGCAAUCUUCAAGCUCAACUUUCAGCGCGUUCAACACCCCAAAGAUCCCAAACGUUCCACCUGAAUCCUAUCCAAUAUCUCCAAUUUCUUUCCCACCACCCAUAUCCUCUAAUCUCAUUACUAUAUACCCCAUAG